AUGCCAGCAGCCCAGGAAUCCAGCGGGGCGACUCCCGUCGUCUGUGUCUUCUGUGCUUCUUCUCCAGGAAAAGACCCCGUCCAUCUCACGUCCGCACGAGAACUGGGGCAAUCUCUUCAUGAGGCCGGCUACCAGCUCAUCUAUGGCGGAGGGACCAUGGGCAUAAUGGGCGAAUUGGCCAAAACGCUCGUCUCCCUCUCCGGUCCCAGUUCAGUACACGGUAUCAUCCCCAGAGCAUUGAUCCGCUCAGAAAAGGAUCCUUCUGUGCGCAGCGAGACCAGUCGCUUCGGAAUGAGAAAGGCAGAGCGCACCAUGUCCACGGAGGAAUUACAACGCAUCGACAGUACCGAAGAUCCGGAUAAACAAAUUGUGCCCGAGUCCGAGUUUGGGAGAACCACCAUCGUCCCGGACAUGCACACUCGAAAACGGAUGAUGGCAAAUUUCGUGCAAGCCGGUGCGCCCGGCUCAGGGUUUGUGGCACUGGCCGGAGGAUAUGGGACCAUGGAGGAGGUCAUGGAGAUGGUUACAUGGAAUCAGUUGGGCAUCCAUCAGAUCCCCAUCAUUCUCGUCAAUAUCAACGGUUACUGGAACGGCUUGUUGGACUGGGUCAAGACGGCGAUAAGAGAAGGGUUCGUGGGAGAGGGCGCUGCUAAUAUCUUGGUCGAGGUCCACAGCACGGAUCAGGUCAUCGAAGCCUUGCGUGGUUAUCAGGUUGCACCUGGCAGGUAUAAGCUGGAUUGGUCAUAG